AUGAUCACUCAAGGAAAAUCUAUAAUUUUUAAGCCCAAAGUACUCAUUGCUGAAUUGGAUAACCGAGAGCCAGUUGAUGUGUAUGAGGCUCUUCGUCAUCCAGCUUGGAGAGAUGUUGUUCAACAAGAAUAUUCUACUCUUAUGCAGAACCAAACCUGGGAGUUACAACCACUACCUCCAGCUAGAGCAGCAGUGGGUUGCAAAUGGUUAUUUAAAGUAAAUAAUAAAGCUGAUGGAACAGUUGACAGAUACAAGGCCCGCUUGGUAGCUAAAGGCUACUCACAAACUGUAGGGAGAGAUUUUUCUGAGACGUUCAAUCCUGUUGUUCGAGCCAACACUAUAAGAAUUAUUUUGGCCACUACUGUGAUGAAGAAAUGGGUUAUUCGACAGACAUAA